AUGUCUAAAUCCUCCCUCAACAGCAAUAACAGUUUAUUCAAGUUCCAGCAGAGAAAAUUUAUCAAUAGCCUAAGAAGUCAGCUCAAACUUGACAAGAAAUAAUGGCUUAAAAGAGUCGAAAUCACGGCCUCUAAUCCAUGAAGAAGUUGAAAUGCAUCAGAUUUCUCCUCAAAAUUAUGACCAUCAUUGCUCACAUAACGUGAUUGAGCCAAGCAGGAGGCUAGAAAUAAACCUCCAUAAACGACUACAGAAGGAAAUUAAGAAGCCUAGGAAGAAAAGACCAGCUAGUCCAGAGAUGAUCCACAAAGGCCAGCUUGAAGAAAUUGCUAACAAAUGGAAAUUCAUCAAAGAUCGACUUGAAAAACAAAACAAGUCUCUAAUUGAUGAGAAGGUAGAGCUAGAACAGGACCUCAAGAAAGCAUACGAUACUAUAGAGUGGUACCGCAAAGAGCUUGCUAAAACUAAGAAUAAGUUGAAAGAUACUCUUGUACAGCUUUCCCAGGCACAAAUGAUAUCGACCUCUGCAACACCCGUGAGCAUAGCUAAAGAGCAUAAUGAUAAAAUAUCUUUUAACAGCAGUGGACUCAAUAAAUGCAAAGAAUCUGUGUACAAAUUUAACGAAGCUUCAAGUGACUUCACAGAAAGUGAGAAUUACUCCAUAUGAGAAGAGAAAAAUUACGAAAAGUCCUCGACAGAUACGAAGUAUAAUAGUAUCAACUUUGAAGAAAUGAAUUAUAACUCUGCGAGCAAUCAUAUGAGGAAUUUUAAUAAAUAUUCAAUGAAAAAGAAGCAUAUUUUCACUACAGAAGGAAGCUCAGGGGGGAUUUUUACAUACAAUAUGAUGAGGGAUGCUAAGUACGACUCUAUUCCUGAGCCAACUGAGGAAGAGGUUUCUGAAAAGACACAGUCUCUAUGGUGCGAAGAAAGUCUUUCAAAUAUGACCAGCACAAAGGAUUUGGCCAAGAACGCUUCAAUCACAAGUCUCCCAGCUAAGCGUAAGAGUAUCAGAGAUGAUAUCCCCAGAUGUAGCUCUCUGGUAUCUCUGCUCGGAAAUCAGAAGCAGCCAUCCAAGAAAGAAAGAUUUGUACUUAAUCAAUAUCUCUAUGAGAUUAAGGAAGAAUCGGAUGAUAAUUUCAGAAAAUUUAUGGAGAAACAAAGCAUAAGACGAACUUUGCAUCAAGAAGAUGUUAUUAUUGAGGAGGAAGAAGAGGAAAAUACUAAGAAUGUACCUAUGUCAAUGUAUUCUGCAACUCGAUAUGAAUCUAAUCAUUCUGGUGAUUCUCCUAUAAAAGUUAAUAUUCCUCACAGGACAAGAAGUAGGAAUGAAGCUAUUGGUGUCGGAGUUCAUCCAGAGACUUUAGAUAUCAAUAAUAACCAUGAUUUUGGAAAAAUGAUAAAACAGCCAUUCUCUCGAAACAAUCUGGACAGAAAUAAUAACCCUAUUUUCCGCACAUUCGAGCUUAAAAACCCUCACCAACUCCACUAAAUUUCCAUCCUCUAAAAAAUUAUUAAAUUCACUUUCUCUCUUUCAAAUUUCAACUUUCCAAAAACCCUAGAGUUC